AUGAUCAGCGACACGGUGCAGAUCGACAAGGAGCUCGUCGAAUGGAUCGAUGGCAUCCCGUUUUCCAGACCUGCGAGAAACUUGACGAGAGAUUUCUCGGAUGCUGGAUUGGAUGCUGAAUCACUGUGUCCUUCGAUAGUUCUCACGGCGGAGGUGCUGAAGCUGUAUUAUCCCCGGCACGUAGAGCUUCAUAAUUAUGUCCCGGUGAAUAGCGUAAACACGAAGAGGGAGAAUUGGAAAAUGUUGAACCGAAAGGUGCUCGUGAAACUUGACAUGAAAUUGAGCAGCGACGCGAUCCAUCAACUGGCGAAUGGGUCGCAAGGUGCAAUCGAGAGACUCUUGACAAAGCUAAGAAUGAAAGUUCUAAAGGACGGUGUAGAAGCGCACAGGCCGAAGCUCAAAGAAGGAGAGAAGAUCGGGGACAACUCGGCGGACAACGAUAGCUACCUGAAAUCACUGGUAGAAAGUUCAAACGAGCCCGAUAUCGAUAACGAAACUCGUGAAAUUAAGCCGUCGAAAUUUACGUGUCUCAAGCAGGGCGCCCUCUUUGUCUUCAGUUGGAUUAUCUGCCUCUUCCGUAUAUGGAACAUCUUUAGCUAUUGCAUUCAUCCUCGUUACCGCAGGCGCGACGCGCUCGUGGACGUGACGACAGAGCGAAUUGAAGAUGCAGACCAUGAAAGUGCGAAACGGACGAUUUACGCGGAGCUGAAGCAGGAGCUGCAGGAAAAGGAGGAGGUGAUAAGCACCUUGAACCACAAAAUCGCGUAUCUGGAGAGUUCAAUGAAACUCAAGGAUCUGCGCAUCUCCAGUCUGGCGGCACAGAUUCUACAAAACGCCGUCGAAAUGGAUCAGUCGGCGACUUCGCAAUCGGUCGACGGCGUACGUGCUAAAUUACGCUCGCGAUCGCACAAUUUUAACGAGACCAAAGCAAAUUAAAAAUUCGUAGCGGCGUGAGGCCGCAGACUUAAUUGUGAAAUUAGAAAUAAAACAUCGCCGAUACUUAUUACAUUAUUUAUUCCGUUGCAUGUAAAUAGAGGAUCGUUCUUUUGACACAUCGUAACCGACGGCUUCUUUCAAUUCGAAUCAGGUCAUGUAGAAAUUAAGAAUAAAACUUGCAUAAUUCAAUUUGUCGGCUAAUCAAACAGCCGCUUUCUAAAUAAGCCAUGCUCCAAUUAAGAAAAGUGUUCUCGUUUUAAUGGAACAGAAGUAUCGUAUCGUAAUCCUUUGCCGCGUAUCGAAUUUUAUUUCGACUCGUCCUAAUUAUUUGACUGAGUUAAUAGUAAUUUUUUCAGUUGAUAUAGUUGAUAAUUCAUUUUUUCAGUUCAAAGAGAAUUGUGAGAGCGUAUUAUACAUAUUGGCUACGCGUUUAAUUAAAUUCUUAACUUUCCGGUAAAAAAUUUUUUAUGCCCGAGCAUGCAUAAAUACAUAGUAUUAUA